CCAAUGGUAGCCCGUGGAAGGGGUGACACAUGCGUCUGGUCUACCAGUAGAGGACGGCGGGAAGUGCGUUGGGCGCAUGCGUCCUGUGGUGGCUUAGAAAAAGGAGCUGCUGGCGGGCCGAGCUGAAGACAUGGAGCAGGGCUACGGAGGCUAUGGGGCAUGGAGUGCUGGACCUACCAACACCCAGGGUGCAUAUGGAACUGGUGUGGCCAGUUGGCAAGGUUAUGAAAACUACAAUUAUUAUGGUGCCCAGAACACCAGCGUCACCACAGGAGCAACCUACAGCUACGGCCCAGCCUCAUGGGAGGCCACCAAGGCCAGUGAUGGCCUGGCACCUGGGGGCCCUGCCAUGCAUAUGGCUUCUUAUGGCCCAGAGCCAUGCACCGACAAUUCCGACUCCCUCAUUGCCAAGAUCAACCAGCGUUUGGACAUGAUGUCCAAGGAAGGAGGCAGGGGCGGGAGCAGCGGCAGUGGGGAGGGCAUGCAGGACCGGGAGAGCUCCUUCCGCUUCCAGUCGUUCGAGUCCUAUGAUUCCAGGCCUUGCCUGCCCGAGCACAAUCCUUACCGCCCCAGCUACAGCUACGACUAUGACUUUGACCUGGGGCCCGACCGCAAUGGUGGCUUUGGUGGUCAGUACAGUGACUGCCGGGACCCAGCCCGUGAGCGGGGCUCCCUCGAUGACUUCAUGCGGGGCCGAGGCCAGGGCCGCUUCCAGGACCGCAGCAACCCCAGCACCUUUAUGCGCAGCGACCCCUUCAUGCCACCUGCAGCCUCUUCUGAGCCUCUUUCUGCUCCAUGGACGGAAAUGAACUAUGUGGGUGGGCGGGGCCUGGGAGGCCCCUCCGCCAGCAGGCCUCCACCUUCCCUCUUCUCCCAGUCCAUGGCCCCUGACUUUGGCGUGAUGGGCAUGCAGGGGGCAGGUGGUUAUGACAGCUCUAUGCCCUACGGAUGUGGCCGGUCACAGACCCGGAUGAGAGAUUGGCCUAGGCGGAGAGAGUUUGAUCGCUGCGGCCCAGAUAGCUUGGGCAGGAAACGGAAGCAGUUGCAGAUUUACGAUGAGCCAGACACCAAACAAGCCCGGGCUGACAGUGAAGGAGAUUUUUCUGAAAACGAUGAUGGAGCUGGUGACUUCCGGUCAGGAGAUGAAGAAUUCAGGGGUGAGGACGAAUUCUUCGAAUCCGGGAGGCAGAGAGGAGAGAAGGACGAUGAGGAUGAUGAAGUGAAGAAGAGGAGGGAGAAGCAAAGGAGGAGAGACAGGAUGAGAGACCGAGCAGCUGACAGGAUUCAGUUUGCCUGUUCCGUGUGCAAGUUUCGUAGCUUUGAAGAUGAAGAAAUCCAGAAGCAUCUGCAAAGCAAAUUUCACAAAGAGACACUGCGGUUUAUAAGUACCAAAUUGCCUGACAAGACGGUGGAGUUCCUCCAGGAAUACAUUGUAAACAGGAAUAAGAAAAUUGAGAAGCGGCGUCAGGAACUGAUGGAGAAGGAAACCACAAAACCAAAACCAGAUCCUUUCAAAGGGAUUGGCCAGGAGCACUUCUUCAAGAAAAUAGAGGCUGCUCACUGCCUGGCUUGUGACAUGCUGAUCCCUGCGCAGCCCCAGCUCCUCCAGCGGCACCUGCACUCUGUCGACCACAAUCACAACCGCCGGUUGGCUGCUGAACAGUUCAAGAAAACAAGUCUCCAUGUGGCUAAGAGUGUUUUGAACAACAGACAUAUUGUGAAGAUGCUGGAAAAAUACCUCAAGGGUGAAGAUCCUUUCACCAGUGAAGCCGUUGAUCCAGAAAUAGAAGGAGAUGACAAUUUAGGAGGUGAGGAUAAGGAAGAGACGCCGGAGGAGGUAGCUGCCGAGGUCUUAGCUGAGGUGAUUACGGCAGCAGUGAGGGCAGUAGAUGGGGAAGGAGCACCUACCCCGAAAAGUAGUGAAAUGCCGGCGCAAGAGGAAGGCCCUAUGGACACAACUGAGACCACUAGUGGUCCCCACCCUGGAGAGCAGCUGGAAGCGGAGGCACCCUGUGGAAUGGCACCUGAGAAGGGCAACACUGAAGCAGAGGCUGGAGGUGAAGCUGCUGAGGCUGGAGGUGAAGCUGCUGAGGCUGGAGGUGAAGUUGCUGAGGCUGGAGGUGAAGUGGAAACCCUGGCAGCAGAGUCGGAAGGCACCUUGACAGUCACUGCUCCUGUCCAAGCUGCUGCAGAAGCCGAAGUGGAACAAACUGAUGCAGAGUCCAAAGAUACUAUUCCCACAGAAUGAUCCUCCUUUCCCUGUUUCAGGGGAUGUGUUAUAUAAUGCAUUGUUCUUUCUUCUUUGGUUUAUAAGCAGUACUAGGGUAUAUGAUGCUGGAAUACUAUUUUGGUGAAGAGACCCAGCCGUUUCCUUCAGAAAAGUGUACCUCACAGGCUUGUCUUAAGAGUUGCGUGGCUUUCUGCCUUGGUUUGAAGGCUGCAGAAGCUGUACAUUCCCACAAGUGGCUGUGACAUCUCUCUUUACACUGUAGUUGGAAUAAUAAAAGUUGGAUAAGUAGAUUUUGGUGACACUUUGCUUGUUAAAUACAGCCAGUGGCUGAAUGCACCACCACAACCACCAACACCCCUGCCCCCCCCCCGCCCUGUAUUAUUUUUUGGUCUGGGAGCAGUUCAGUACUAGGAUAUAUCUUGCUUUAUAAAGGAUUUUUUUUUUUAAGUUUCAUGAAUUUGCUUUGGCUUCAGUUUUUGAUCUCUGCUUUUGUGGUACACUGUAUGGUAUGUGGUUCUCCUUCACAAGAUGUAGCAGAAUCUUGUUAACAUGCGAUGUUGAUCCUGUCACAUCACUGAACUCUCAAAGGCCUGAUGAAUCUGACACACCUGCACCAUUAGAAGCAUACCUACUUACCCCUCAAGAAUGGGAACACUUUGCCCAGGGCAUUGUUUCCCAAUCUUUAGUCCUUGGUGAAUCACCUUUACAAUGUUUUACCUCAUUUGUGUUCCACCUCUGCAUUACUUCAGGGUUUUUUCGGUUUUGUUUUUCUUUAAGUUGAGUUACUUCUACUUAAAUAUAUUUAAAAAGAAAAUUUGAUGUCUCAUGAAUGGAAAACCAGUAUAAAUUGCCAUACAUAGAUACUAUCCGUGGAAAAUGAAUAAACAUUUUAUUUUAGAUAAAUACUGUUGCUUUGGAAGUUUCUGAAUCUGUAAGAAAGAAAAGCCAGCAUGUGUUAAAGGGUAGUAAGCAACAGUGAUACUUUCAUAUAAUCAAAAGAAUUGAAAGAUACCUCCCUUUUGAAAUGAUACCGCUGGGUCUGUUUUCCUAUAAACCUUUGAACUGUCACAUUUGGGGAAGCAUUGGCCAGUGGGAAAUCGUUAGGAAAGAGGUAGCAGAAUACUUGAUGAGCAUCUGUUGUGUACCAGGUGCUAAUUCAUGAUAAAAAUUAGAUAUGGGCACUGCUCUCAAGGAGCCUUAUUGGAGAUGUGAGAUGAAUAUUUAUGAAAAAGUCAAUGUUAGAACUAAAAACAAAUAAACUGCUUAGUAAGAA